GAAAUCGAAUCUAUGGAUGCAGACUUGGUUGCUUGGCAGAGCUUAACUGACAACAAACUUGCAGAGAAAAUGACGGUAUCAUGACAUUGCGAGAAACAUUUAAUUGUUCUUUUCAAGAUAGCACGAUGAAUCCGAGAUCUCGUCUACAGCGUUCCCAUUCAUGGAGGAAAAAGGAUUUUCACAAAGCUAAAGUUUGCUUCGCUGACAAUUUGGAAACGGUGCACGAGGUACCAUACAACUACGACAUGUACAACAAAACGAACGGUCGCCUCAAACUACCCGACAUUGAUGUCCACAAAUACACGCCGCUAAUUUGUAGAGAUCCUUAUGCGAAGCCUUCCAAGAGGAAACACGAAAAAUUCGCGGACAUGUUUGUAAGCGAUACUAUGAAACUUCCACUGAUAAAGUUGAAAAAAACAGACAACGAUUUUGAUAAAAUUUCUCCGAAGACUAAGGAAGCCACGGAGAUAUCAAACGAGCCAUCAUUCCCGAAGGCAAAUAGCAAGACUUCAGAAAAAUUUCAAGCAGCUAAUACACUGCAUUUCAGAUAUAGCGACUUCAUGCUGAGAAAAAUGGACAGAAGUGCAUCUUCCAAAGAUAGAAUGUUCUUUGUAAAUUAAUUAUUGGUUCUCAAGUUGCCAUGCAGGAGUAGGGUUUUCCAAAGAAGCAUCUGAAAUAUUAAUUGCAUGCGCUUAAAACUUAAAAAGAUAAAACGAUUUUUAUUCAGUCUUUUACCCCUUUGACUAAUUUAGAACAUUUUAGGGAGGCUUAAAGUCGUUAAGGUGAAAUAUUAUUUCCUCAGGAAAUCAUCUAACUGCAUUUUAGAUGGUGAUAGUUGCAGAUCAAAAUUUUAAAUUACACAGAAAACGUUUAAAAAUGAAUAGCAGUUUGAUUGCACACAGCUGUUUAAUUCGUACAAGUAAAAAUCAAUUACUUUAGUUCAAAAGUAUCGCUUAGUGAGAAGUCCAUGCCGGAGGUAAAUAGUUAAAAAAAAAAAAAAUUCUAUAAUCGAUUACUUUGUCAAACGUUUUAUUUCGGUCCAUAUCCACCGGACAUUGUCAUUUGUUCAAGGAUACAUUUUCGAUAAAUUAUCAACGCAGUUGGAGAGGAAUGAACAUGGGUCGAAAGCUUUAAGAACGGGCAUGUUGAUAUCAUUAGAAAGACUAGGUACUGAGGCCUUAAAUUUUAUAGUUCGUAUAUUUCAUUAACUUAAAUGGAUAGGAACUCUUUUGAAUAAGAACUUGCGAUAAAAGAAACUUCUGCUCAAAAUGAAGAGGAUCUGUCCCAGAUCUUUCUUUUAUAAGAUUCUUCGUUUCGUUGAUCACUUAAAAAUUUGUACGCGUUUUUAGCUAGUGCGUGAGCUGGUGAACACAAUAUCUGCUUUGCGCCCGCGCC